GCAACUCUCUCAGCCCGAGGCAGCCCCUUUUUUUUUUUUUCUCCCCCGCGCGCCAAGCCGGCCUGAGCAGCGCUUUGCCCCGCUCCUGGAGCUCCGUCGAGGCGCGCGCCGCGGGAAAGGCUGCGGGGAUCCGGCGAGGGAGAACCGCGGGGGCGUCUUUGUAGGGGCAGCCAAGGGAGGAGGACGACGAGGAGGAGGAGGGGCUCGGCGCUUUCUCUCGCUCUCCAUCUCCCCUCACGCCUGACCUCCGCUACCCCGGCCGACUUGGGGCAGACUUGCCCGCAGAUUUGCCGGCAGGGCGAGGAGGGAACCCGCCCGUCGGAGGAGGAAGGCGAGCGGAUAGCAAGCGCCCCGACUGAGCGGAGGGUCCCGGCUCGUCACCGUUGUGGGGAGGAAAGGCAUCCGGGGAGCCGACGCGGGACCUUCCCUGGGAAAGAGGCGGCGCGGACUCCGUGGCAAGCCGGGGAGAACAUCUCCUGAAGAAGAUAAACUAAUCCCAGACACUGCUUUCCAUACCUCCGAAAAACCGCAGGACAAGGAAAGUUUCAUUUUUCCUCCGCGAGGGGAUUUUUGCUGGCAGGCUCUUGAAAAAUACAUUCUUUUCCCAUGGAUAAAAUCCUCACCUUGUCUCAAGACAUCUGGGAACUGCUUCACCGCCUGAGGAUGAAGAGCAAGUACGCCAUUCUUCUGGUCUUUGUGGUAGCCCUUGUCAUAAUUGAGAAGGAGAACAACAUCAUCUCAAGGGUUUCAGACAAACUGAAGCAGUCUCCCCAGUCCCUGCCGGAAGCCAACAGCACUGAUUCCGGGUUGAUGCCGCCAGAGAAUGGCUCCCUCUUGUCACUCAGCGCACUGGACCUUGCCUUCUCCCAGCUGAAGCACCGGUUGCAGAACAUCACUUUGCAGCUUGGGGGCACUCUGUUGGCCCCCACUCAAAAGACCCGGAAACAUGUUCUCCUCAUGGCCACCACCCGUACCGGCUCUUCCUUUGUAGGAGAAUUCUUCAACCAGCAGGGCAACAUUUUCUACCUCUUUGAACCGCUGUGGCAUGUAGAAAGGACGGUGUCUUUCGAAUCGGGCGGCGCCAAUGCGGUGGGAUCGGCCCUUGUCUACCGAGAUGUUUUGAAGCAGCUGUUCCUCUGCGACCUUUACAUUUUGGAAAACUUCAUCAUCCCAUUCCCAGAGGAUCACCUGACUCGGUUUCUCUUUCGGCGUGGUUCAAGUCGCUCGUUGUGCGAGGAGCCUGUUUGCACGCCCUUUGUCAAGAAGGUCUUUGAGAAGUACCACUGCAAGAACCGCCGCUGCGGCCCCCUGAAUGUGACCCUGGCAGUGGAGGCCUGCCUGCAGAAGGAACACAUGGCCCUUAAGGCUGUCCGAAUCCGACAGCUGGAAUUCUUGCGUCCGUUAGUCGAAGACCCCCGCCUGGACUUGAGGAUUAUUCAGUUGGUGCGAGAUCCUCGUGCGGUGCUGGCCUCCCGCAUGGUGGCUUUUUCGGGUAAGUAUGACACCUGGAAGAAAUGGGCUAAUGAAGGUGUAGCAACCCUUAACGAGGAUGAAGUCCAGAGAUUGAGAGGCAACUGUGAAAGCAUCCGACUCUCGGCUGAACUUGGUUUAAAGCAGCCGGCAUGGCUUCAGGGUCGCUACAUGCUGGUCCGCUAUGAGGACAUUGCCAGAUCCCCCCUCCAGAAAGCCAAGGAGAUGUAUAAAUUCACCGGCAUCGCUCUCACCACGCAGGUGGAGGACUGGAUCCGGAAGAAUACACAGGCCCCUCAAGAUAGCAAUGACAUCUACUCCACCCAGAAAAACUCCUCUGAACAGUUUGAAAAGUGGCGAUUCAGUAUCCCCUUCAAACUCGCCCAGGUGGUACAGAACAUCUGCACACCAGCCAUGAAACUCUUUGGCUACAAAUUGGCCAACAGCGCUGAGACUCUUACAAACAGAUCCAUUAGCUUGCUAGAAGAGAGAAGAAACUUCUGGAUCACGUAAAUCCACCACUUCAUUGGUGGAUUAUUAUUUUUUUUCAGUCGUGGCGUUCUUUGAAUUGAGAAAGAGAGAAUGCAAGAAUAUAUUUAUAUAUAUUGAGGAAGGAACACAUGGGCAGGAAGUGUUGGGGGAGAAGUUGCUUCCACUCAUCUCGAGCGAAGAGCUUUUGGCUUUAUCUGGAAACAAGCAUCACUUACGGGCAUAUUUGACGCUUCCAGGUGGAUUAUAAUGGGACCACAACACUGGCAUAAGGAAGUAUUCUGAAGCUAACACAGAGUGGAGGAUUAAACUCUGUGCCCCAGUUUCCCUACCUCAUGUCCACAUGCUUUCUGUCUGGAGAUGUUGUCUCUCACUUUCACCGAACAUCCAAAGAGCGUGAAUGUUUUAUAUUUAAAAUAAAUUUAUCACUUGGAAGAAAAAAAACCAUGGGCUUCUUGGCUUGCCGAGAACCUAUGAGAGAAGCAGAACGUUGCACUGAUCUCGUCUAAGGAAGCCUUAAAGAAUCUGUCAACCCGAUAUCUGGGAAGGGAAGGAAAGAAACUUAUUUAGCACAACUGAAAGAGCGAGAAAGCUGACUGCUUCAUGGGUAGACAGAGUGUGUUUUGUACACCUUUUCCCUCAGACCCUCAGAUAAAUUGAGGCCUUGUUUAAAUGGAGGAGGUGUGACUGGAGAAGAGAGAUGCAUGGCAUAGAACAGAGGUGGCUCUACCUGUAAGUAAGGAGACUUCGGGCCACACACAGUUUUAUGCACUUAGUAUUGUUUUUAUCCUAACUCACUCAGUGCUUUGAGAGAUUUAAAGCAAACAAAGCAAUGAAAUAUUCUAAGAGAAAGAGACUUGAACAUUACUCACCCUACAUCUGUGGACAUGAACUUUUCUUACGCAAUUAGUUGUUAUGCCGUCCAUUGGCCUUUCUUUUUUAAGUCUUUUUAUCUGCUUUUCUUACUUAUCUCUGAAUCAGUUGCACCAACCUUCAUCUGGUGUCUGGGACACUAAAGUGAAGAACGCCACUUUCUCAUCCAAUGAAAGAAAGCGGUGGCUUUAAUUGUAUUUUUCUCCUUCAUCCCUAUAAUUGUUUCUAUCCUUCAGUGUGAUGUUGGAAAUUGCCAGCAUUUCCCUUCUGUAAUUUCUGGGGAAAUGGUUUUUCUUCCAAACCACAUUUGUCGAAGCAGAAAGAGGAAAUCUUGGAAGGGAGAAAGCAGCUGGACUUGGUCAAGAGGAAGGCAGCAAAAAUAACCGGAAGAGAAAAAGGCCCUCUAGUUGCCACUCUAAUAUUCCUCUGACUAAUUUCCAGUGCUGGAUCAUGCAGGAAACAUCUAAUGAAUUUCAUUUAGCUGUUCGUCAGAAGCACUUAUGAACAUGGUAGAAGGUAUAAUUCCUGACUGGGAAUUUGGUAUUUCAUCCCGCAGUGGAAACCGUAUCAGAAUCUUGAUUGCCAAAAAAACGAAGUACCCACUAGGGCAGUGUCGGCGAACCUAUGGCACACGUGCCAGAAGUGGCACACGAGGUAUGUGUGGCCUUGCUGGCUCCUCUUCCGCGUUCCUGUGAUAACACGUGCGUUGGUCAGCUGGCUGUCGCGCACGUGGGAGCGGCAGAACCAGGAAGAGCGGUGUUCUGGCACAUAUGCAGAGGCCGACACCUGACCUUCUGGGUUGACCUUGCGUGCAUGCGCAAUGUCCAGCUGUUCGUCAGGCACGCUUCCAUGCCAGUACCGGGUGUUUGGGUGCCGGCUCACGCAUGCGCGAUGGACCGCCAGUCUUCCAGGUAUUGCCGCUCCCACAUGCACGAAGGCCAGCGGGGCCACGCAUACCUCGUGGGAUGGUUUCACGUACCAAUUCCGGCACGCGGGAACGUCAAAGCUUCGCCAUCAUGGCACUAGAGGGUAAUUCAAUCUGGUUUUCUCUGAACCUGAUUGGAGUCCAAUACACACACACACACACACACACACAUUCCCAGGAAUUUUAUCUGAGUGGUAACAUUUUCAACAUAUUCAAUUCUGGGAAGGGUUGACAUGGAUUAUCACAUCCCAUUUUGAGUUAAUAAAUGGAUAGAUUAAUAUCAGGGACCGAACACAUACACAAACAAAUAUUUGUCACCUCUCUCUGCAGUUUCAUUAACAAUCAGAGUCACAUGUGACUGUCUGGCAGUGCUAAUUUAACACCUAACCUCCACAUUUUCUUAUCUGUAGUGAGAAGAACGUUUAAUGCUCCAGCAGUUUUCCUCCUUUUCCCUAACAAAAAAAGACAAUCCUUUAAAUAACUUAUUUCUUCUUGUCCAUGGAUCACUGCUGUGAAUAGGCUACCGCAUUUGUUUUGAUACACUGCGAGUAACAAAGAUCGAUAUGCCCAUGAUUUGGUUUCAUGGCAUUGACGGAGUGAGCAGGAAUGGGCUUUGCUUAGAUGUGGCAAGAAUGUGUAAUCACGAGUAUGCCUUUCCCCUCUUUGUUUCGCCUGCAAGGACGAGUACCAGCUUCCAAACAGGGUAUGAUAAUGCAGAUUUAUCUCUGACUAAACCAGUUCUGAGAUACCAUUAAUUUCCUCCAAGGUGCCAAAUCAGAACUUUUAAGGCUGUAUGGCCCCACUGCAUGUCUGAAUUGCAGACAAAGCUGGAUUGUUUACGAAAAAAGUUAUCAAGAAAGAAAAAGAUGGAGCAUCGGCUAACAAUCCCACAGUUGAUUCCAGCUUAUGAUUUGAUUUUCCCACUUACAUUAGUGGUGCCAUGUCUCACAUGAUUCAUACACUGUGUCAACUUACCCUCAAAUAUAAAUCAUACCAGUCUUUCACUUAGUUAGUUGUCCCAUCUCUCUUAACCCACGGCAAAGAUGUCUCAUCCCCUUGCACCACAAGUGUACUCUUGCACAUACCUUUGUGUCUCUGACAAGUCUUUUGAUAUCCCUCUAUAACCAGUGGUGGGAUUCACUUAUCUUCCCUAUCGGUUCGCAAAUGUGAGUGCGCUCACUCCGCUCGUACGCGGAUGCGCACAGGCUUCUGCGCAUGUGCAGUAUGCACGUGUUACGUCAGGUAGGGUGGGCGGAGCCUCCUGCCAUCGCCACUACCGGUUCACGCGAUCCGGCUGAAUCCCACCACUGUCUAUAACCUUGGAUGAGCUCUUUUUCAGAACCACAUCGAAUUCUCUUAAAGGAAGCGUGUUGAAAUAUCCCUAACUAUCCUACAAAAACAUUCUGAAUUAGAUGUUUCAACCAGCACUGUAUUAGCUGCACAAUAGUGUUUUUUUUCCCCCUUUGUGGUGGACUAUUCUUACAUUUCUCUGUUUGGUGGCGACGCUGGUAGAGCUGGGAAAUUUAUCUUAAUUUUAUUAUGAUUAUUUAUGUGAAAGAGCUGGGCUGGAUUAAAAAAAAACCCCAGCAAAUUCCUGCCUUAUUUUGAACAUUCUGUUCUUUUCUUUUUGAAAGCUGUAAACUCUGGGGUUCGUUCAUUUAUUUAUUGUAUGGAGAAGAUAACUGUUGCUUUGGUAGAAGGAAACAAAAUUGCACAAAAAUAAAUAAAAACAAUUUCCCCCAAGAAUCGGAGGUCAACUUGAUUUUCCAAAGUAGGGGGGUCAAUUUAUUUUCCAAAGCACCAGGGGGCAGGACAAGAAGCAACGGAUGAAAACUAAUCAAGGAGAGAAACAACCUGGAAUUAAGGAGAAACUUCCUGAUAGUGAGGACAAUUAGCCAGUGGAACAGCUUGCUACCAGAAGUUGUGGGUGCUCCAUCACUGGAGACUUUUAAGAAGAGACUGGACAGUCACUUGUCAGGAGAGGUACAAGGUUUCCUACUUGAGCAAGGGAUUGGACUAGAAGACUUCCAAGGUCUCUGAAUUGAAGAAAAAAAAUUAAGGUGAUUGCAGUUAAAUAAUUUGCAUUUAUAUUUUUCCUUUUUAAAAUGCAACUCCUUUAAUUUUGAAGAAAGAUUUUAUUUAAAAGAAGGAACAGGAUAGGAAACAAUUUCAUUCCAUUAUUCCUGUAUAAGCUUGGAGCAUUACACCUUGGAGCACUGUCUUGGAAACUGAUUAAAAAAGCGAUAUGCCGCCCUAAGUAAUAUUUUAAUUUAUAGACCGCCCUUCUCCCGAGGGACUCAGGGCGGUGAACAGCCAGUUAAAAUACAGGAAAACAGACAAUAUUAAAAAACAACCCUUAAAAAACUCAUUCAAUUGGCCAAAACUAAAACACAAUUACACCCUAUAAAUUAUUAAAAAUUUAAAACCCCAAUUAAUCAAAUUAAAAAAAUUUUUUUAAAAAAUCAAGCCUGUCCAGCGAGACGGAACAAAUAGGUUUUAAGUUCGCGGCGAACUUAGUAUAUUUUCUGGAUCCUCUCUUCAACAUAAACUUUUUUUGCUGCACAGAAACAAAUGAUUUAUUUUUUUUUCCAUAAAAAGAAAAAUGCGCAGCUGCAAUCACACCAACAUUUUAAAGAAAGUAUGCCCAACGUAGUGCGUAGAAUAUCCUUUUAUUCUCUUUUAAAAACACCCUUAACAUUUAAUGAAGGUUGGAAGAAAGGAACGAUAUUGCGUGCAGUUAUAUUCCACCAGCACCAAAACUCAACACACAUUUCUGUAUUGAAGCCAGCAGGCCUUACGUAUCCCUGCAUUUGCGAGGUUUGUGGUCAGACUCUAUUUAUCCUUCCCCUAUGAGGGAUUGGUUGAUCUGAAAUGAAAUGAUCUGUGUUUUGUAUAUGGUUUCGCAUGCAAUUGGCAAAGAUCAGCUGGCAGCCAGAAUCUAGACUGCAUCUUCUAUCUCUGGACAGCCAUCUUGCUAAUCCUGAAACCAAUUAAUUCUAAUUCCCCCUUCUGCAUUUUGGCAGACGCGGAAGUUUUUAGUUCUGCAAGACUGAGGGUGUCUUUAUAGAGAUUAUUUAUUUAAGUUUAUAUGGAUACUAUGCAGUCAUACUGUAUGAAGUAUGUAUGUGGGCUUCAACGCCAUAAUCCCUGGCAGUAUUCCUAAUUCCAAAAAGGAUGGAAAACAAGCCAAGCCUGGAAUCCGGUCUCAGGGUAGGAGCAGCAGACCCAUAAAGGGAUACUAGAGGCAUUUGACCUUCCUAGAACAAGGGUAUAAUUCAAAGGAAGACUUUUAAAGAACUUUAGUGAACAUAUCUCCACUCUGAGAAAGAGGGAAGGAGGCCCUGACCUUUUAAAAUAAAAGCCAAUAGCUUUUAGUCUGCUAAAUUAUAGCAAAGCAAGUUUUCCAACAUCUUCCAUCACCACUUUGUUUUUGGACAGUUGAUGCCCUAACACAGUGUUUCUCAACCUCUGCAACUUGAAGAUGUGUGGACUUCAACUCCCAGAAUUCCCCAGGCUGCAUGAGUCCCCAUCCAUUAUAGACGCAUUUGGAUUACCAUACCUGGUCCAUACAAAUUGGAACGGGCAGUAGAUGGCAGCAAAGGAAGUUUUCUCUAUCUAGUAUCCAUGACCUACACCAGGGGUGUCAAACUCAAUUUCUUUCAGGUGCCGCAUCAGGGUUGGGUUUGACCUUGGGGGUGUGUGGCCAAGGUGGCCGUGGCCAGCUUGAUGUCACUUGUGUCAGGGCGCUCAGCCAGAGAAAACGGGCUCCCGAGCUUCCUUUUCGGCUGCAACAGCCUCCUGUGCCCCUCUGCCAGCAAAAAUGAAGCUCGGGGGUGUGUGUGGAGCCCUUCCGGCCUCCAUUUUUGCUGGCAGAGGGCUGUUGCAGCUGAAAACAGCCUGGCCAGGCCUCACACAGCCCUCCCGAGUUCCGUUUUCACUGGCAGAGGCACCGUGGGCUGGUCUUUCGCUGUUUCCAGGGCAGACCCGUCCUACACAAUCUCCACAAACUUUCAGAAUACCAGUGAUGUAUGGACUUAAGCCACUGAAUUCUGAGAGAUAAAGUCCGCACAUCUUGGAUUGGCCAAGUAUGAGAAAUAUUGUAGUAUACAGCCCACGUUCCUUUUAAGAGCUGAGAGAUAGGGGUACCAUUCCUCCACUUUCUCUUCUUGGAGUGUGAGUGGACUCCCCCCCCCAUUUUUACCUAGUGCAUGCCCUGUUAUACAGAUAGUCCUUGACUUACCACCAUAACUGGGACCAGAAUUUCCAUUGCUAAGCAAAAUGGUUACUGAGUGAGUGGUGCCCAAUUUUACAACCUUUUUUUUUGACACGGGUGUUGUUGUGAUCCAGACCCCAGUAGGUAUUAGGAAACUCAGUCAGUGUAAAAACAAACAAACUUUAUUUGAACAGCUGAGAAUUUACUCAUUCUCAGCGUAGUUCAACUAAAUUAAAGCAAAUUCCUCCCAACACAAUUCCUCAAUCCUAUCACCAACCUUGGUCCAAUUAGGCAAACUGCCAAAGGCCUUUCUUGGCAAAAGUUCAGAAGUCAUUGAUACAAAAUAAAUGCAACAAGACGAAGCUAUCAACAGUGUUUUCCAGCAAAGAGCCCAAAUGCCAUUGCUGGUCUUUAAAGCCUUAUGGAAGGGGCCAAUCAUCUCUUGGCCCUACUCAAGCAAAGAGUUGUCCUCUCUGCUUGAGCUGCUCUUAUCUUCUGGCAGCUCUUCUCAUGUGUGCAUUAGGAACAGGCUCCUCCUAUUCCUCUGCCUCACUACUGUCAGUCUCUGGAGGCUCUGGAGUCCACACCUCACGCCCCGAAGGCCAUGGCCCCCCCUCAGCCACCGACACAGAGCCCUCAUCCGGGCCUUCCCCAGCCUCCAGGACUGGCCCACGCUCUUCCUCAGCCUCAUCACUGUCCGAGUCUGUUGCCAGCUCCGCAGGCUGCUGGUGGACCACAACAGGUGUUAAGCAAGUCAACUGUUAUUAACUGAAUUCUACUUUACUCAUUGACUUGUCGGAAGCCAGCUGAAAAACUUGCAAAUGGCAGCCACAUGAUCUCAGAAAGCUGCAACUGUCCUAAGUAUGUACCAGUUGCCGAACACUUGACUUUUGAUCACGUGAGCAUGAGGGUGCUGAGACAGUCCAAGGGCCAGGCCCAAGUCACUUUUUUCAGUGCUCUUCUAACUUUGAACACUUGCUAAAUGAAUGAUUGUAAGUCAAGGACUACCUGCAUCCUAUGUCAGGGGUC